AUGAGUAGCUUGGAUUUAAAUCCGAAAUAUGAAAAAGGCGAAAAAUUACUUUGUUUCCAUGGGCCUCUUAUGUAUGAGGCGAAAUGCUUAGACGUUAAAGUGAAAGAAGAUGGUGUAGUAUAUUAUGUGCAUUACCUAGGUUGGAAUAAGAGCUGGGAUGAAUGGGUGACUGAAAAACGAAUGUUCAAGUAUAAUGAAGAGGGCUUGACAAAAAAACAAGAAUUAGAGCGACAGAUGAAAUCCGGGAAGGUUAAAGUUUUAAGAAAGUCUGAAUUAAAGUCACAGUCAUUGCCACCUCCAGAAGUCUUGGAGGACGUUGAACGGACACUGAAGCCUGGUCAAGUGAAAGAAGGCCAAGAAUAUAAAGACCAACCCAGCCGGAAAAUUGAUGCUCGUGUCCGUGUUGAUGUGAAAAAGACUGAAGAUACUAAACCACCCAUUAAGUGUUGUGAAGAUUCGAACGCAUCGUCUACUCCACCUGUCACAGAAGAUGGCCUUCUCUCUCAGCCGCGUUUGUCGAUUUCACUGCCUCCAUGCUUGAAAUCUUGGCUUACAGAUGACUGGGAUUUGAUUACUCAACAAGCUCGGCUUUAUGAACUGCCUGCUUCUCAGCCAAUAUGUAAUAUUUUAUCAGAUUUCUUAGAAAGUUCUGAGGCGGAAAUGAUUAAAUCGGAAUCAACUCGUGAAAUAAACAACUAUACUUCUUCUGAAUCUGAGAACACUCAACUGAGCACUAACGUACCAAUAGACCCGGGUGUACGGCGUGAAUUUGUUGCUGGAAUUCAGUAUCUUUUCAAUCAUACUAUUGGUUCUCAUCUUUUAUACAAAUUCGAGAGAUUACAAUACGCUAAGCUAUUGAAACAGCAUACAGGCAAGAGAAUGUCAGACAUUUAUGGGUCAAUUCACUUGUUGAGGUUGUUUGUUAAACUCCGAGACAUGGUUUCAUUCGUCCGAGUCGAUGAUGAUAGUUUGCCUAUGCUAGAAGCUUUAGUUGCUGAGUUUUUGCAGUUUCUGAAACAAAAUGAAACCCGUUACUUCCGAAUCGAGGAUUACAGUGUGGCGACAGCAGAAUACCAACGAAGAGCAAUGUGUUAA